AUGAGGCUGGGGGUGUCGGACACUGCAGCAGCAGCAGCAGCAGCAGCAACAGCAGCAGCAGCAGAAGCAGCAGCAGCAAAAGCAGCAACGGCAGCAGCAGCAGGAGUAGCGACAGAGGCAGAAGCAGCAGCAGCAAAAGCAGCAACGGCAGCAGCAGCAGGAGUAGCGACAGAGGCAGUAGCAGCAGCAGGAGUAGCAACAGGAGCAGCAGCAGCAACAGCAGCAGGGGAAGCAGCUUCAGCGCGGGAGGCAACGGAAGCAGCAGCAGCAGCAGCAGCAGCAGCAGCAGCAGCAGCAGCAAGAGAAAAGGCAGCAGCACAAUCAGCUGCAAGAGCACGAGAAAAACAAGAGGAGAAAAAGCAGCAGCGGCAGCUGCAGCAGCAGUAA